AUGAAGGCCACUGACUUAGAAGCGAAUUUCGCCACUACCGAUGCGAAGAACGUCUGUAAGAUGCAGAGUCAUGAGGGGUAUGCCUCAUGGGUACUUGGGAGUCUUCUGCAGCAACGGUUGAACUGUACGAAUGGAUAUGUGCAGAGUGAUUAUCCUGCAUGUUCGAUGCAGCUGAAUGAUCGAAGUUCUCAUAAAAUCGCGAUGUUUUAUUGCCUUAUUAGUUUGGAGCAACUUCAAGCUCUAAGCUCUAAUGAGAACAUCAUUCAUGAUCUAACGACUCAUCUCCAUCAAACAUUCAGUAUCAAGGAUCUUGGUCUCCUAAAUUAUUUCCUUGGCAUUGAAAUAUGUCACACAACUGAAGGAUACAUCCUCACUCAGAGAAAGUACACUAAGGAAAUGUUACAUGAUUGUGAACUUGACAUUUCCAAGCCUGCUCUCACACCAUUUCCUUUGAAUUUGAAACUUACUUCUGAAGGUGAAGCUUGUUCCAUUCCUGAUCUAUAUAGAUGUUAUGUUGGCAAACUCAAUUUUCUUACUCAUACAAGACCUGACCUAGAUUUUGUUGUUCAGUCCCUCAGACAAUUCAUGCACUGCCCCAAACUCUCUCACAUUGCUGCUCUUACUCAUACUCUUAGGUAUGUUAAUCAUACAGCAAGUCAAGGUAUCUUGUUGAAAGCAACAGAUAAGCUUACUUUACAAGCUUUUUCAGAUUCUGAUUGGGCUGCUUGCCCAUCCACCAGAAGAUCAGUUACUAGUUAUGUUCUUCUUCUUGGUAAUUCACCUAUCAGCUGGAAAUCUAAGAAACAAUCUACCAUUUCUAAGAGUUCCUCUGAGGCAGAAUACAGAGCUAUGUCUCAAGCUGCCAGUGAGGUUACUGGAUAG